AACCUCCAAGCCGAGAUUCUCCAUUUUCAAAUUCCAAGUCUUCUUCUUCUUCCAGCACCGAGAUGGACGCGCCCUCGACGAUCCACUGCGACUGCCCCGUCGGCUCCUCCGAGCUCAAGCUCCAUGGCGCCAACUGCUCCCUUGCGCUCCUCAAGUGCCCGUGGCAGUGGCGUGAGCCCUUCCUCGAUGAGCGUCGGGCCAAAUUGAAGCGCAAGGUGGGCGACGGCUACCUCUGCGACCCCGUCGACCCCGCGUUUGUAGACCAGCUACUACCUGGCUCGGUCACCAAGCUCUUCCGCGUCGUGGAACAGGACGAGCAGUCGCAGAUUCAGAUCGAAAUCCAACGGCUGAACGAGGCCAAAGCGUCGGCCCGCGACCAUACCUCGAAAUGGGACCACGACGAUGGCGACGUGGGCACACGAAAGGCAUUGCCAGCCGGUUCGGAGUCGCCGAUCACGGUCGCCGCGCCCGUCUGCAGCGGCGAAGAACUGGCGUACCUCGACAGCAUCCUCCUCUCGAACGAAGCACCGAAUCCAGUCUCGUCGCCGUCGGCCAUCACUGACACGGAGGCCAUCUCGCGCAGCACGCUCGAGGAGCCUCUCUUACAGCUGCUCUCGGACCGCUACGAGACGUACCUCAACUAUGACGAAGAGGAGCUCAAUUUUGCGGAAAACGACCUUCAGCCGACCCGCCAGCCGACCCGCGUCGCAGCGUGAGCGACUGCGCUAGCUUAGAAUAUAUUUAUUGCCGGCAUGGCUUUGACAGUCGCCUGUCCAAGCUCUCACGCCCAUGUCAUGUACAUCGAUGUCUUUGAACACGACUCUUCCUUUGUGCGUCUCC